AUAUAAUGACCCCAUUUAUCGCUUGUGAUAAGUGAUUAUUAUAUACCACCCCAUGUCAUAAAAACACUAACGGUUGGUUUGACUGUGGACAAAGUAAUUUGAUAAUGAUGAGAUGACGUCAGGCUCAAGACCAUAGAGACAUAAAUUGUUUCCCUUAAUUCACUGGAUUGUAAUUAUAAGGAACUGGAAUAUUUACUGAAUAAUAUCUGACGAUUCUAUCGGCUACUUAAAGUCACUUGGCUAUAGUUGACACGUGAUAAUUGGAGGCAUAGUUAUGACGUUAUAGUGGAUAUAAGUUAAUUAAGACAAGAUACAGUAAGGAUCAUUCAGCUACAGUUUGAUUAAAUUGGUCAGUAGUUCAGAGGAGAAGAUCUUUGAAAUAGUUAACAUCGGACGAACGACGACGGACGCCAAUUGAUGGUAAAAGCUUACAUUUAUCUUUAGAAAUAAUGGAUUAUACGGAGGAAUAAAAGAUGCUAACCUAGACUGUACACAAAGCUUAAAUGGGUACCAUGUGUAAAUUGUGUGCAUGGUGUAAAAAGGCCUUCAACAAUCUACCUGACUAUAUUUUGAUUAUAACGUUUUUGAUAUAUCUAAGUUCGGGAGUAAGUUCCCAGUUCAGUGUAGAUCUACAAAGUAGGAUACAGAGCGCCAGAAAUAACAGUUGUGUAAAUUGUAAACGAAUUCUUGAUAUAAGUAUAGCUGAGAAAAGACGUCUAGACAUUCUGUUGAAGCGGAUUAAAGACAGAUUAGGAAUAGAACCAAAUAGAAAAGUAGCACAAGAAACAAAUGCAAAACCAAGAGAUUCACAAUAUGUUCAACCGAAAUACACGUAUCCAGAAACUUCAGAAAUUGUUAGUUUUCCAGAAAAACAAGAUAAUACAACUGGAAAAAAUAUUCUAUUAUUUACCAUAGACGUGAGGAAUAACCCUGGUCCUCUAGAAGCUAUAAAAGCACACCUCUGGAUAUUAGUUAAACAACGAAAACAAGGUCGAACCAGAGGCAAGAAAAUAUGGCUACGUGUGUCUCAAAUUAACGAUACAAACAAUACAAAUCAAUAUCUUACUAGUAUACGGACUCGUGUGAAAAAAACACGGUGGCAAAAAAUUGCACUUCCGGUUACUCUUAUACAAUCAAUGAUAGACAACCAUGAACACGCACUUAAAUUAAAAGUAUCUUGUAAGAAAUGUGGCAAAAUGGUCAGGCUCGUCCUACAACGGAAACGACAUAGAAAACGACGACAUAAAGAGAAGAACAAAACCCACAAAAAACGAACAACUAGAAAGAGAAGGAACAGAAGACUGAAAAACAAUGACAGUGUCCAACCAUUCCUUGUAAUAAGUACUCGAUAUAAAUAUAAACUUAAAUUAAUGUAGUUCAUGUCAUUUAAGUAUUGUGUCUCUAUGUACGUCGGAAAGAAAGUAAAUCCUUUCAACUAAGAGUCUCCGAUCAGCUGUAAUGCUCAUCCUGUCACGUGAUUGUACAACAGUUUUGUGUAACUGACUUCAUAUAAUCAUCAAAUAUUCCGGAACAAUUCACAAAGUUCUCGAAGAAUUGUCUAUCCAGUCUAUGACGUCAUCCAACAGCAGAAUUAUAAUAUACAUUGGUGUGGUAUUUUAUGUCGGAACCAUAUUGAAUGCUUACCAAUUAUAAUGUUAUACCAAAAAAUCGAGGAUAUAGAAUUAGUCAAUCGUUAAUAUACCAGUGCGAGGAAUAUCUUUUCAAUAUUUUCUGCACACAAGAAGUUUGUUUUAAAACAAAAGGAUACCUGUGUAUUUCAAAACGCUUUUACUACAAAUGAUAACAAUUAAUUCAAAAUUGAACCGAGUUCAUUUUUAAAUAAAUUUGCUUUCCUGGAAUUAUAAAGCAAUGCCUAUACUUACGUUUGUUUACAAUUUGUUGUAGUCAAGAUAAAACUGAAGACAGCUAAGGAAGGUUUUGAUUUUUUUGGCUAAAAGAAAAGAACUAUUAGAUAUGUGUCGUUGUGACUUGAAAACUUUGUCAUAGAUUUAUAAGAAAUCAUAGGUAAAGGUUUUGCUGGAAAGUUCAAUCCUUACUGGAAAUGAAAGAAUUCUUCGAUCGAUUAAACUGAUUAUAUCUUCUUGAAAUCUGUUACGACUAUCAUUUCAAAAUAUUUACAUGCAACAUAUCAUUACAAUUUAAUAUAGGUUGUAAACAUCUUAUUUAUAACCUGUAAUUUGAACGAUAACAAAUAUCAGUUCAAUGCCAGAUCAUUUGUUACAAUAGAAAAGAUUUUAAGCAAUGGGUUACUAGCAUUAAAAGUUUUGGUAUCCAUAUCAACCCACAUACUAAGGGCGAUUGUAUCCACAUCAACUUAGCCCCAUACAUUGAAUGUUUAUUAUUGUAAUUAUAUAAAACCCAUUACUUCUACUAUACAUGCAACGCCAUUUUAAUAUAAUAAUUAUGUUGACAAUCUUGAUAUUACAUAACACAGAGGCAGAAGAACAACAAUGACCAAUUCAUGAUCAGAUGAAAAAAUUAAACAAACAGCAUCAUACCGAAGACGAAAAAUAGUUCACAAAUCAUUUCACAACGAACUCAAGACUGAGCAACUAUAACAUCACCAAAAAGCCGGGGUGAUCGUAGCUGUUCCGGAAGUGCGAGUAGAGCUGUCUUCACAUGUGGAACACAACGUAUCGCUCAUGACAAUUACAAGUUAGGUAAGAAGACCGGUAAGUGAUGGCACAGUUCGAGAGAGAAAAAUAAAGGAAUAAUCGUAGCUACGGGAAAUCGUGUAAUCUUUUCCAAAGAUUCUUCAAUCAAAGUAUUGUGGCGUCCGUAAACAUGACUUGAACUUUACCACUAGGAACUCUAGUUACAAUAGCUUCCUCGAACCAUCUUUAACGGACAUUUUAAUAAGAAACACAAGCUUUGGACUAUCGUUUCAACUGCGAGACAUUUACUCCAUAUGCAGGUGCUACUGGAAUGUUGUUGCAUAAAAAUGAUAAUUCACGAUAGGAAAGAAAGCUUUGAUGAUGUCUUUUGUUCUCAACCGACUGAAAUGGUUAUUUUUUUUAUGAAUGUUGAGAUAUGAGGCAGACUCCGCUGUAUCUGUGGUAUUCUUAAUUUCUAGUAAGAGUCGUUUAACACGGUAACCGGGCUUUGAAUUAUAUAAAGUGAAUGGACAACGUCGAUUUGGGUUAGGAGAAUAAACACUGAUAUAUUUCCUCGUUUUAUUGAUUUUCAGUUUUUAAAAUAUCUGAUAUUAUAUUGAUUGUUGUGAUUACAAUUUUAUUCAUUGGCAGUCAAUUGUAACUCUGUACAUGAGUUUCGGGAAUAUGUGUUCAAAUGAAAAAGAAACUUCAUGUUAUGGUAUAAUACGGGUUCCCAUUGUGUUUUUAUUGUUUGAUGAAGUUAUUUGUAAUUUGUUUCAUCAUAUCGUCAUACAAAUAUCAUGUUCAUAUUGUUAUUUGCUGUAUACUGCACUUCAUAUUUUAUGUUUUAUGACGCUUUAUGAUAAUAUAUUUCCUCAUUAAAAGGAUUGUAACAGACCGUUAAUUUUGAUUCGAUCUUUGAAAAGAGAUAAUACAUACUUGUUAACUACCUAUUUUGAUUUCAUUCGAUAAGCUUCUCCGCAUUAGUGCAUUGGCAUAUCAACUAUCAUUAUAAAAAUAACACGGCAAACAGUUUCAUCGCCAUUGAAACACUUUAUUCAGUUUUGCCAGUUUUGAUCAAAAUAAGUACCAUUUAAGUUUUUGAUUGUGUAUUCAUGUGCUACCUUACAUUUUGUACCUGUUGUACCUUAACAGAACGAUGCUAUGUUCAUUUCUCAAUUUUACACAGUAUGUUUAUAAGAAUAGAACAUUUUUGGGGUUAUAACUGUAUGACUUUGUUGUUGUCUUCUGAGAAGGUAGCGUUCUUUAAAAGAAAGAUUAGAGUUGCUGGUAGGGGUUCUUUGAUAUGCAGAAUCUAUCUGUUUUAUUAGAUUUUGGAUUGUGGGUCCCGUUUUCAAUUGUCCUAAUCGGGGCCCAAAAUUAAACUUUUGGGCCCCAUUAUCAAAUUGGUCUACCUUGAGGUCCAAAAGAUCCAAAGUUGUUCGAUUUUUUUCUCAAACAUUGUUUUGGUUUGACAUGCUUAUUCUAUUCAUGUUUUUAGAUUUUGAAUAUUGGAUCUUAAUACGUAAAUGUCCAAAUUCAAAUGUUUAAGUUAAACCAGAUAUCUAUGUCAGAACCAUUGUUGGAUCAACAUUUAAUCACACUUCAAAUUGAGUGCUGUAUCAAGCUUGAAUGUUGUGUCCAUACUUGUCUCAUCUGUUCAGAGUUUGACCUUUGCAGUCGUAUCAAGCAACGUUCGGCAGCAUUUAUUACAUUUUUUGUUAUUAAUGAAUGUUUUGUCUUCAUUGUUCAAUAAAUUACACAGAAAGUCCUCCUGAUUAUUUGUAUCCAUUCAAUGCUCAGAAUUACAUUAUGACAUAGAUGUUCAUUAGACCAUAUUAAUUGACCAUCAAGCCAUAUUAAUUAACUAUCAGACGAUUAACCAUCCAACUUUAACUUCUUAUAACCCUGUUUUUGGACAUAAGCUAAACUGAGAAUAGAAAUGAAUACUUUGUCGUGAAGAUACCAUAUCAUCUUAAUGACACAAAAGUUAACACUGUAAUACUGCGACAUUUUUUCUUCAAUCGUAACAGAGUAUUUUGCUUCUGAUUUUAAAAUAUAAGUAAACAUUUAACUUCAGUUUUUAUUUUGAAAGAACUGUAAAAAUAGACUAAGGUCAGGUGUACUGGAAAUCGGUCAUUACAAUUUUCGAUGGGUUAUUAGACGUAAACAUUUGAACACGACACAGCAAGCUGAUAUCAAUGGCUGGUAUUACAUAUUGGUGACUUCUUUUGUCUCAAACUCACAUAAGCUACCAGGCUAAUAUAAUAUAUAUAAAUAUACAACUUAUAAUAUAAUUUUAAGUUUAUUUAUUUAUUUAAAAAAAAACAUCAAGGAAACGCGCAAGAUUAUACUAAUUUUUUAAUGCAUAUUAAAUUAUUGGAUAAGGAAAUCGUUAUUUAAUAUAUGUAAUUAUUGGUUAACCGACCCUAAUUUAGACCAAGGGUAAACGCUUCAAGAUAGAUGCUUUGUUAGUUUAAGAAAUAGAACAUAAGAAGUGUUUGUGAUAUUUAACACGAACAAAUCAUAAAUAUUAUCAGAAAUUAUCAAUCAAGCUAAAACAGUUAUUAAAUGCAAUAUCAGGUUUUACAUAAGAUGAUUGUUAUUUUCAGUUAGAAGCAGAUUAAAUUGUGCUCCAACAUUCCAAUUACAUAAUCACUAAAUGUAUCUAUUUUGUUUC